AGGGUCAACCGCAGCACCGUGCUCGGAGCCUCCGGGGACUACGCCGACUUCCAGUACCUCCGGCAGGUCAUCGACCAGAUGGUGAUUGAUGAGGAGCUGUUGGGAGAUGGGCACAGCUACAGCCCCAAGGCCAUCCACUCCUGGCUGACCAGGGUCAUGUACAACCGACGCUCCAAGAUCAACCCGCUGUGGAACAGUGUCGUCAUCGGAGGCUUCUACAAUGGCGAGAGCUUCUUGGGGUACGUGGACAUGCUUGGAGUGGCCUACGAAGCUCCGACACUUGCGACAGGUUACGGAGCCUACCUUGCUCAGCCACUGAUGAGGGAAGUCCUGGAGAAGAAACCCACCCUGACCAAGGAGGAGGCGCGGGACCUCAUCGAGCGCUGCAUGAAGAUCUUGUACUACAGAGACGCUCGAUCCUUCAACAGGUAUGAAAUAGCCAUUGCCACAGAGAAAGGAGUGGAGGUGGAGGGACCUCUGACCCUGGAAGCCAGCUGGGACAUCGCACACAUGGUCAGGUAA